AUACCCUAAAACCACUACAGCCGCCGACCCACCCAUCGUCUUCUUCUCUCUACUUCUUACCCUCAUUCUUUUCCUUUCUUCCUUUUCCGUCUUCUUCUUCACCUCGCUGCUGCUGCCGCCGGUGGUUUUCAAGAGCAAUUGUUUAAUUUUUUCUUAUUCCAGGAUCAAUAUGGUGGGAAGAACUUGAGACUGCUUUCCGUCGGGCUUGCUGGUUGGAGCUACGGUUGUUGUGAAGAAGACGACGCAGUGCCUCUCCUGUGACUAGCCAUGGUUGAGGUAUGGUGGACCCUUUUGGGGGCGGCUGUUCCGGUGUUGGUCGCCGGUCAAGCCUUAAGAAUCAAGGCAAGAAACACCGAGGAGCAACGAAUCAAAAGCGCCCGGGGCAGGGAGAAGAGCGGCGACGACGUGUUUGUGUGCGAAAGGGUCUGCACGUCGAACCGAAUGCUGAAAAAAGUCGGGACGUUCUCGAAAGAUCCAAUCCCCGACACAUGCGUGACGGUGUGUGGCGUCUCGGAGCUCGACGCCUGCGCCGACGCCUGCGCCCGGACCGUGUGUGUUAACCAACACCAGGUACCCAACUGGAACGACGUCUGCCUCCGCCGAUGCCAAAGUGAGUGUCUUAAACUCUCUAAUUCUCGUUCUUUAUGAUGAUGCAUUUUGCUCUCUUUCUCUCUACUAUCUUAAUUUGCUUGAUUGUUGCUAAGUAGUUCACUUUAAUUAUGUGAUCAGUGAAAAUGAAUUUGAAUUGGUAGUAGUUUUCUUGGUGGUAAUCUUAAUUGGGCCGGAUUGGAUAAAUUUGUUUUGGGCCGGCCCAUUGUAUGGGUUUUCUUUACCAAUAUCGGGUUGGAUCGUCGGUUUCUCGACGAUGGUCUGAACCGUAAUUGGUCUGGUAGUUUUUUGGUAGUAAUCUUAAUUGGGCCGGCCCAUCUUAUGUAAUUUCUUUACCAAUAUUGGGUUGGAUCGUCGGUUUCUCGGCGAUGAUCCGAACCGUAAUUGGGUCUGGUAGUUUUCUUGGUAGUAAUCUUAAUUGGGCCGGCCCAUCUCAUGUAAUUUCUUACCAAUAUCGGGUUGGAUCGUCGGUUUCUCAACGACGGUCCGAACCGUAAUUGGUCUGGUAGUUUUCUUGGUAGUAAUCUUAAUUGGGCCGGAUUGGAUAAAUUUGUUUUGGGCCGGCCCAUCUCAUGUUCUUUUUUACCAAUAUUGGGUUGGAUCGUCGUUUUCUCAGCGACGAUCCAAACUGCAUUCAUUUUAAUUAGAACUACUCUUUUCGCAUACUCAAUUCAAAAGUAUCUAUUUAAACAUAGUUCAUAUAUAUAUAUAUAUAUUAAAUUAUUUUUAUUUUUAUAAAAUUGCUUUUUUUUUUUCUUUGUACUUACAAUGGCUAAAAUAUUAAUUAUUUUAUAUACUUUUUCGUCUCUUACAUAAGCAAAAAAUAUUACAAUGAGUUAGAGCUGAAGGAGGAAGAAAUAUUAAAUAUAAAUCAAUGGUAUAGAAAAAGAUGUCUAUAUAUAUAUAUAUAUUUGCUAGUGUUUUAGAUUUGAUUUAUUGAAUGAAAAAUAUGUAUGGAAUCUAAUUUUGUGCUCUAUUUUCCUUUCUAGGUUGUACAAAAUUGUUUUCAUUAUUUUCAAAGUUAAAAAUUAUAAUAUUUUUUAUAUAUAUAUAUAUUUUUAUAUAUAUAGAAGACAAAGUAAUAGAAGUUACACACUCAUUAAAACUUGUGUUUAAAAAUGUAACACACAUUUGGAUAUCGAAGACAAUAUAUAUAUAUAUGUAUAUAUAUAUAUUAAAAAUGUGAUUUUAUUGUGUUUUGUAUUUAUAUUAUUGAUUUAAAUAGUUAUUUGAUUUGAUAUUUUAUGAGUUUAUUUUCAUUGGGGAGUGAGUGAAUAGUAGAAAAAUAUAAAGGGGUGUAGACUGGGAAGUUUAUCGUGUGACGGACGAAAAUGGAAAGUGUGAUAUGAUAUGUAAGUUAUGUAUAAUUAUAUUAAUUAAUUAUUUUAUUAUAUAAGUUUGAGUAAUUGAAUUUAA